AUGGGUUGUGGUGGAGAUCGUGAAAAAGGGGAAGUACAACUGGAGGAAAAAUGGGACUAUGUGAACCUCGAUGAUUUUAAGUCCGAGUCAUGCUUGUCAUCCUUUUCAUACAUCUUCCUAUGGAUUAUGCUCUUCGUUGCCGUAGCUGUUUAUGGUGUCGAUAUUUUCACCGCCGUUAAUUUGUUGGCAUAUGGUCGUUGGUCUGGUAGCGUUGAACCCGCUAUCCCCUUCAAAAUCUCUCGAUGGAUCUUUGCUGUGUGUAUCAUCAUCUCCAUUGUCCUGCUGGCACUCCGCUGGAUUUUUGCAAUUCGUGCGAUACGAUCAGGAAGCAUUGUCCGUAGUUAUCUUGAUCCCCUCGCCGCUGGAGCGCAGAGUGUUCGAGUGUUCGGGACGAAGGGCCGAGGAUGGAAAAGAUUCCUUGUUUUUGCAGCCUUGACUAAAAGCAAAAAAGGUGCAGAGUAUGUCGCUCUGUACACAUACUUUGCCUUCAAUUCUUGGAUGAAUACUGUUUUCGCCGAUGGGCCUCGACAGGUCCUCAACGCCAUCACUUUGUACUCCGUCAUGAAAAUGGACCUUCUCCCCGGAGGUGAGAAUACAACUAGUAGCGACAGCUCGGGCAUCUCCCAAUUCUUCAACAACUUGAAAAUUCUUGCCGAAGAUAACACCCUUCAAGCGGUGGUCCUGUUCGGUAUGCUGUUCACCUUGAUUAUUUGGGUUUUGUCCGUCCUGAAACUUGCGUCUGCCGUCAUUCUCUAUUUGAUUUUCCUGUGGCACCAUAUUCCGCCCGAGGAUGGGUCUCUCAAAGCGUACUGUCGUCGCAAAGCCACCACUCGACUGAAGCGACUUGUACGGGUCAAGGUCGACAAGGCGUUAGCCAAGGGUCUACAAUUACAGGAUCGAGAACCGAGCCGCCCGGGUCUUGUCACUGCCAAUUCAAAGCCUACAUUGCCUUCAAUCGACAUGGACAAGACACCGGUUGUGACCACCUUGUCACGCAGUACCACCGAAACGACUCUGCCUCCCUACUCGCGCGCCAACUCAGUUCGACCAGACCAAAAACCUACUCUGCCGAAUGUUGAGUUCGACAGCAAACCUCCACUAUCACGUACAACCACUCAAGCAUCGGCUAUCUCGACGGAUUCUGCCUCCUUGACUGCCAAUGCUGCUCCGAUGGGAUACAGCCCUCUCGAUCAUCAGAACCCAACGCUACCCCCAGUCCCGCCUUUGCCCUCGACGGUACCCUCGCGCUUGGGUUCGGCACAGUCUCGUAGAACGCCCGGGCCUCCACAAUUCGGAAAUGAGAUGGGUCGUGGCAGCCCGGCAACCGGGUACCGAAACCUAACGGAUUCAGCUCCUCAGCCGUAUCGCACAUUCACCCCUGCUGCUGAUCCAUAUGCCUCAUCUACAGCCCAUCAUGGCCCAGGUAUUGCAUCUGAAGAUGACAAUGAUCAAUCACAUGCGGCCGCUCGCUACGAUCCGUACGGGUCUACCGAAGAUGCCUAUGAGCACGCGUAUGGCGAUGAAGACUUGUAUGAGGAGUAUGGAGCUCCUGUCACACAGCAUGACCAUCUUACACAGCAAGGUUACCCAUCCAAUGACGAGUACCAGACACGAUCAUAUACUCCGGCAUCUGUUGGACUGGCAUCUCGUCCCCAGGACCCAUACAAUGCUCGGUCGUACACUCCUGCGAGUGCUGGUGCAGCCCAGGCGAGUGAAGAGUAUCAGUCCUACAACCCAGUCAACGCCGCAACUGUAGCAUCACACGACCAAGAUGCAUACCAAAAUCGAUCAUAUACCCCAGCAAGGACGGGAGUUACGCCUCAUCCCCAGGAUCCGUACCAAGCCAGAUCUUACACCCCAGCGAAUGCCAGUGUAUCAACCAGAGCUCAGGACCCAUACCAGUCCCAGGAUUCAUACCAAUCUUCAGACUCCUACCAGGCUCGAUCGUACACUCCAGCCAGCACUAGUGCCACCCCUCAUCCUCAGGAUCCGUACCAGAACAGAUCUUACACGCCGGCGAAUGCCAGUGUAUCUAGCAGUGCUCAGGACCCAUAUCAGUCUCAGGACUCAUACAAAUCGUCGAACCCGUACCAGUCUUCAGACUCCUAUCAGGCUCGAUCGUAUACCCCGGCCAGCACUGGCGCCACGCCUCAUCCCCAGGAUCCGUACCAAAGCAGAUUGUACACUCCAGCAAAUGCAGAUGCCACGGCCUAUUCUCAAGACAAUGCCACACCCAUGCGAUCCGUGACACCUGCUAGCCGAGGAACACCAGCCCCGCAAAUUGAACAACAGUCAAUUCAAGCGCCUGCGCGGACAUACACUCUCAUGGGUGCAGACAGUCCUACUUGCCCUCCUGCAAGUGCAUACACUGCGUUCAACCCUUCGGCAACCUCUCAGACAACACAACCCUCCAUGUCUCGGAUCCAACCGCCUGCUGGCUACAAGCCUUUCUCUCGUGCUAAUACAGCAUCACCUUCUAUGAAUCGUAACGGUCCUCCUGAAGGAUAUUCCUUCUCUCGAGCACAUACCGACCGAUUUUGA